AGAGACUAUGUUCUACAAACUAAAUUAUUGGAAUUCAAGGAUGUUUCUUCAAGUUAAAGAACUUGGAAUUGAUCACAAAGACUGGAUUGAAAAAAAUGACAUAAUUGUCCAAAAAAUAAAUGCAACAGAAGAAGCAGUAAAAAAUUUAUUAAAUGAAGUCAUUGAAAUGGAAAACCAAAUGGAACAGCUAGAGUCAAAUCAGUACCUUGAAAUUGAAGAAGAGUUAAGCAAACAGGAGAAGAUCAUGAUGAUAAAAAGACAGUUAGAAGAAAUGAACAGCAAGUUUAUUCAGGUGGAUGCUUGUAAUGAAGCUCAGGAGUUAAAGAGGAAAUUAAUUGUCAGAAUAGAGAACUUUUACAAGGACAUGAUUAUGAUGAAUCGAGAAGUAGAGAAAUACCAACUGAAACAAGAGGAAACAGAGGCUGAAAUGAUUAAAAUGAAAGAUAAGAAGCCAUUCUUUUCUCAAACACCAUGUUUAGGGACAAAUAUUUCAUCCUGUUCUAUAAAAUUGAAACUUACAUUGUGGACUUUUGUAUUUAUUUAUGUCUUCAUCAUCUUUGGAUUUUCAUGUUUCGUGUUUUUUAUUGAUCCUACAUUUAUUUUUGAAACUGUGCUCCCUAGGAUUCUUGGGCGCCGAAGAAUGUGGGAACUGAAAGAAUUCAUUGCUCCCUUCUUGAAUUUGGAAGUAGAUGACUUGUUACCUUCUUAAAGAUAAAGUAUAUGUCAUUAGCCUAUUAACUUUUUCCCAUUAAAA